GCAUUCUACUUCAUCGACCAUUACGGCUGCACAUUUGUCAGCUUUAUUAUUUUUUUAUUUGCAUCCCCUCAUCCUUACCCGCUGCCACCAGCAGCACCACCAUCACUUCGCAGGCAAACAAGCCUGUUCUGCCCGACAUUAUCUCCAUCCAGACUCCGCUGCUGGAAAGGAGGCUGAAAUGACGGAUGCAAGCAUGGAAGACAGACCCGGGGACAGUGUAUAUACAUCCGAAGAGGCUGUGUAAGUUUAGAGGGAAGCCGCUGCGUGUGUCUCCCUCUGUACUUUCACCGACCCCCUCCUCCUCCGCUGGCAGAAAUUUAUAAAGAACAAAAAAUCCGCCGAGGGAGGGAGGGGGAUUGAUAUACGCCGAGGCUGAAAUCGAGAGGCGAACCCAGGGAAAGAGGAGUAAUUUGUACACGGGACUUUCCCCCUCUUAGUCCCCCAAAAGGAGGGGGAAAAGUCGCAAUAUUGGAAACGAAACGGAAUGAGCUUCUAAGGGCGUGAAAACGUCUGCAAUUGUGGAUACUUUAUAUAUUUUUAUUUCGAAAAAAUAUGGCCGAGAACGUUCUGGACUCUGGCCCGCCUUCAGCCAAGAGGCCUAAACUCUCCUCUCCGGCACUUUCCGCCUCCGCCAGCGAUGGAAAUGAUUUCGGCUCUCUGUUCGACCUGGAGCACGAUCUCCCGGACGAGCUCAUCAGCUCCAAUGAGCCAGGCCUUGUCAACGGCGGAGACCUCAGCCAGUUGCACACCACACUGGGAGGAGGACCUGUAGGGCUUGGUCCUGGUGGAGGUAGUGGAGGGCCAGGAGGAAUGGGUCUUGGUCUUGGACCCGGAGGGGGUCCCGGUGGAGGUCAGGAUGCUGUGGCCAAGCACAAACAGCUGUCUGAGCUCUUGCGCUCAGGAGGACCAUCCUCGACCCAACAAGGGCACCAAGGAGCCAUGGGCAGCCCAGGAGGUCCCAGUGCGAUGGGGCAGCACUUGGCGAACAUGAAGGCGUCCCCUGGUCAGGGGCCUCCACAGAUGAUGGGCCAGGGGCAGCAGCAGCACCUCUCCCCGCAGCAGCAGGCCAACAUGAUGCAGCAGAAUGCUACAAUGAUGGGUGGCAUGAACAGAGCUAUGAUGGGAGCGCAGCAGAAAGGCAAUAACGGACAGCAGCAGCCGGGCAUGAUGGGCAGUCAGGUGAUGAAUGGCUCCCCCAGGAUGGGCUUCGGGAAUCAAGGGAUGGGUGGCAACACUAACCUGUUGGCUGAGACCCUGCAGCAACAGGGAGCUGGGGGUCAGGCAGGAAUGAGAGGCCAGCAACCUGGAGCUUUGAACAAGAUGGGGAUGAUGGGGAACCCAGGGGGGCCUUUCGGAGGUCCGUACGCUGGGCAGGGGAAUCAAGGUCUGGGAGGCGCGGGGCUGGGCCCUCAGCUCCAGAACAAAGGUCCUAUGGCAAACAGUCUGGCCCAGUUCAAUGUGGACAAGAAGAACCAGCCCAUGCAAGGAAUGGCCGCCAUGGGCUCCCAACAGACCCAAGCUGGUGUAGGCGGCCCCUCAGGUCCACCUUUGGGAGGGGCCCCGGGGAUGGUGCCUAACGCUCAGGCAGGUCUGGUCGGUCCUGGAGCCCAGGUUUCCGCAGCGUCUGCUGCUGCUGGAGCGCCGCCUACAGCCGAUCCUGAGAAGCGCAAGCUUAUCCAGCAGCAACUGGUGCUCCUGCUCCAUGCACACAAGUGCCAGCGGCGGGAGCAGGCCAACGGUGAGGUCCGCCAGUGCAACCUGCCCCACUGCCGCACUAUGAAGAACGUCCUCAACCACAUGACUCACUGCCAGGCUGGCAAAUCCUGUCAGGUGGCUCACUGUGCAUCAUCAAGGCAGAUCAUCUCCCAUUGGAAGAACUGCACACGACAUGACUGCCCUGUCUGCCUGCCGCUGAAGAAUGCUGGGGACAAGAGGAACCCGCAGUGUGAGUCUCUUCUUGGUGGGGCUGCUGCAGGUCUGGGCAGCUCCCUUGGAGCAGUGCCUGGCGGCCAACCAAGUACUCCCAACCUCAACCAGCCGAGCCAGAUUGACCCCAGCUCCAUAGAAAGAGCCUACGCAGCCCUAGGCCUCACUUACCAGGGCAACCAGAUCCAGGCUCAGACUGCCCAGCCCAACAUGCCCAACCAAGGCCUGCAGGGCCAGGCGGGCAUGAGGUCUCUGAACCCGAUAGGUGCAAAUCCUAUGGGAGUCAAUGGAGGUGUGGGAAGUACAACUGCAAGCCAACAAGCCAACCUGCUGCAGGACACCAUGAUGCACCUCAACGUGACCACCCAAGGUCUGCUGAAUGAUGCCAGUGGACUCGGCUCCAUGCCCACAGCAGGUCCUCCCUCUGCCACUGGCAUGAGAAAAAGCUGGCACGAGGACAUCACGCAAGAUUUACGAAACCACUUGGUGCACAAACUUGUUCAGGCCAUCUUUCCGACUCCAGAUCCUGCCGCCCUUAAAGACCGUCGAAUGGAGAACCUGGUGGCCUAUGCCAGAAAAGUUGAGGGAGACAUGUAUGAGUCGGCCAACAGCCGAGCUGAGUACUAUCACCUACUAGCUGAGAAGAUCUACAAGAUCCAGAAGGAGCUGGAGGAGAAGAGGAGAACCCGCCUCCAGAAGCAGGGUCUGGGCCUCGGGCCUCCCGGCUUGGGUCAAAGCCCCACCGGACUUCCUCCAAACGGUCCUCUCCCUGACCCAUCAAUAGUACGGCCAACUGGCCCAAAUCAGAUGGUAAACAGGAUGCAGGGCCCAGGCAUAAACCAGUUUAAUCAGAUGGGGAUGCAGUGUGUGGGUCAGAGGUCCACGCCUCCUCUUCCAAUGGGAGCAUCCGGCAAUCAGAUGGGAAUGGUUGGACCGAGGAUGGGGCAGCCUAAUGUGAACCAGCUUCAGAACCAGUAUCUACCCCAGGGACAGUUUCCUGGCUCAGGUCCAGGAGUUGGAACAGCUCAGCCUGGGAUGGCUCAACCUGGAGCGCAGGCAGGCAUGGCACAGACACAGAUGGGCACUCCUCCCUCUCUUCCAGUUGCUAGUCCUCUAGCACAGCCGGGUUCAGCCAGCGGUCCUGGUAGUGUUUCCGCUGUUGGGCCGAUGGGUCCUCAGAGUGUGGGUGCUGGAGGUCCCAACUCAUCUGUUGCUGCUUCGUCAAUGACUCAGUCCAACACAAACCAGCAGCCCAACUCCAUCCCCCAUUUGGCAGCCAUGCGUGGCAGCUCUCCAUCUCCUGCUCACAGCCGAUCUCCAACCCCUCACCAAACGCCCCCGAGACUCGCUGGAUCCCAGACCCCACAGCCACACACCCCUAGCGCAACACAGCUGGCCCCACCUUCAGCCUCACAGCAGAACCAGCUCAGUCAGGGCCCAGGCUCUAACAAGUCCCUCCAACAGCAGCACAUGGGGCCGUCUGGUUCGACCACUCCGUCUCACCCGGGAAUGGCCUCCAGCUCGACGCCGCACAGUGCUCAGAUGCCACGCACUCCGCUGUCCCAAAAAGGUUCUUUCCCAGCGGACAGUCAGGCUAUGACUCCAGCCUCCGUCAACAGCCUGGAUGCAUCCUCCCAGCAGCCACAGCUGGACUCUUCAGCCAGCAACCUCGAAACCAAGAUGGAGAUAAAGCAGCAGGACGAGGAGGAUGAGAGCGAUGCAGGCAGCUGUUCCAAAGGUGGGAAGCUCGGCAAUCUGAAAAUGGAAGAGAAGCCUGUGAAGACAGAGGUGAAAAAGGAGGAGUGUUCUGGUGAGGGAGGUAAAGGGGGUCCCAUGGAUACAUCAGCGCCCACAGUGAGUGUGAAGACCGAAGACAGGAAACCGGAAGUGAAGAAGGAGGUAAAAGAGGAAGAAGAGACGUCAGAGGCUACACCACAGGCCCCAGCAAAAAAGAAGAUUUUCAAGCCUGAAGAGCUUCGUCAGGCCCUUAUGCCCACGCUAGAAUCUCUAUACAGACAGGAUCCAGAGUCUCUGCCCUUCAGAAUGCCUGUAGACCCACAGCUGCUGUGCAUACCUGACUACUUUGACAUCGUGAAAAAUCCCAUGGACUUGUCUACCAUCAAGAGAAAGCUGGACAUAGGUCAGUACCAGGAUCCCUGGCAGUACGUGGACGACAUCUGGCUGAUGUUUAACAAUGCCUGGCUAUACAACCGCAAAACAUCCAGAGUCUACAAGUACUGCUCCAAGCUGGCCGAGGUCUUUGAGCAGGAGAUCGACCCUGUCAUGCAGAGCCUCGGGUACUGCUGUGGGAGGAAGCUGGAGUUCUCCCCUCAGACACUCUGCUGCUAUGGAAAGCAGCUGUGCACUAUUCCCCGAGACGCUGCUUACUUCAGCUACCAGAACAGGUACCACUUCUGUGAAAAGUGCUUCAAUGAGAUCCAGGGCGAGACGGUUUCCCUGGGCGACGACCCCACACAGCCUCAGACAUCAAUUAACAAGGAACAGUUUGAGAAGAAGAAGAAUGACACACUGGACCCUGAACUGCUUGUUGAAUGUAUGGACUGCGGGCGCAGGAUGCACCAGAUCUGUGUAUUACACAAUGAUACAAUCUGGCCAUCAGGUUUUAUAUGUGACGGCUGCUUGAAGAAGGCAAGUAGGACGAGGAAGGAGAACAAGUAUUCUGCCAAACGGUUGCCGCACACCAAGUUGGGACUUUACCUCGAGCAAAGAGUGAAUGACUUCCUGAAGCGGCAGAGCCACCCUGAGUCUGGAGAGGUCACGAUUCGUGUUGUCCACGUCUCUGACAAGGUGGUGGAGGUGAAACCAGGCAUGAAGUCCAGAUUUGUGGACAAUGGAGAGAUGUCGGAGUCUUUCCCGUACAGGACAAAAGCUCUUUUUGCUUUUGAGGACAUCGAUGGAGCAGAAGUUUGCUUCUUUGGUAUGCAUGUUCAAGAGUAUGGAUCUGACUGCCCUCAGCCCAACCAGAGGCGAGUUUACAUCUCCUACCUUGACAGCGUACACUUCUUUCGGCCUCGCUCUUUAAGAACAGCGGUCUACCAUGAAAUCCUCAUUGGCUACUUGGAGUAUGUCAAGAAAUUAGGCUACACCACCGGUCACAUCUGGGCCUGCCCGCCUAGUGAAGGGGACGACUACAUCUUCCACUGUCACCCGGCAGAUCAGAAGAUCCCAAAGCCCAAACGCCUCCAGGAGUGGUACAAGAAGAUGUUAGACAAAGCUGUGGCAGAGCGGAUAGUGCAUGAUUACAAGGAUAUCUUCAAGCAGGCGACAGAGGAUCGUUUGACCAGUGCCAAUGAGCUGCCUUAUUUUGAGGGUGACUUCUGGCCCAAUGUGCUGGAGGAGAGCAUCAAAGAGCUGGAGCAGGAGGAGGAGGAAAGGAAAAGAGAGGAGAACAGCACUUCCAACGAGAGUAUUGAUGACACAAAAGGUGACAGCAAAAACGCAAAGAAGAAGAACAACAAGAAAACGAGUAAGAACAAGAGCAGUCUGAGCCGAGCCAAUAAGAAGAAGCCAGGGAUGCCUAAUGUGUCGAAUGACCUUUCACAGAAACUCUACGCCACGAUGGAAAAACACAAGGAGGUGUUCUUUGUGAUCCGGCUGAUGGCUGGUCCCAUGGCAAACGCCUUGCCGCCUAUCUCGGACGCAGAUCCCCUGAUGGCAUGUGACCUCAUGGAUGGCCGUGAUGCUUUCUUGACAAUAGCCCGGGACAAACAUCUAGAGUUUAGCUCUCUGAGAAGGUCCAAGUGGAGCUCCAUGUGCAUGUUGGUGGAGUUACAUAACCAAAGCCAGGAUCGAUUCGUUUACACUUGUAAUGAGUGCAAGCACCAUGUGGAGACUCGUUUCCACUGCACCGUCUGUGAGGAUUACGACCUCUGCAUCACAUGUUAUAACACUAAGGGCCAUGUGCACAAGAUGGAGAAGUUAGGUCUCGGGUUAGAUGACGAGAGCAGCAACCAAGCCGCAGCUACCACUCAGAGUCCAGGAGACUCUCGUCGCCUCAGCAUCCAGCGUUGCAUCCAGUCCCUCGUCCACGCCUGCCAGUGUCGAAACGCAAACUGCUCUCUGCCGUCCUGCCAGAAGAUGAAACGGGUUGUUCAGCACACAAAAAGCUGCAAGAGGAAAACCAACGGUGGCUGCCCCAUCUGCAAGCAGCUUAUUGCGCUGUGCUGCUACCAUGCUAAGCACUGUCAGGAGAACAAGUGCCCGGUCCCGUUCUGCCUGAACAUCAAGCACAAGCUCCGUCAGCAGCAGCUGCAGCACCGGCUCCAGCAGGCCCAGAUGCUCAGGAGGAGGAUGGCCAGCAUGCAGAGAGUCGGCCAGGCAGCUCCUGGAGGAGCUCCUGGGGGCAACGGCCUCCCAUCUCCAGGAGCCAACAAUGGAGCAACCGGUCCUGGUACGCCUACAUCAGUGGGCACACAGCCUCCUACCCCUCAGACACCAACACAAGGCAACAUGGCUGCACUCCCUCAGCAGCAGGGAGUCAGUAUGGGGGGAAUGGGGAAUCCAGGCCAGCAACAGCAGCUUCAACAGCAAAGUGGUGCCAUGCCCCCUCAACACCAUCUCCAUCAGUUUCAGUCAGUGCCAGGAGGAGGUGGAGGGGGGAUGAUGAACUCUCCCCAGCAACAGAUGGUGCCCCAGCUCCAGCAGCAGCCUCCCAAUGUCCAGCAGCUCCAACAGCAGCAUCCAGGUGGUCUGCCUCCAUACAACCCCAGACCACCUGGAGCCUCUCCUCUCCACCAGUCCCUUGGAAAACCUGGACUGGGCCCUGCUACCCCACCCCAGCAGCAGCAACAACCCAACCAGAGUCAGGGGCCCAUGUCUGUACAAGGCCAGCAGCAGGGGCCCCCUCUGGCUGCUGUGGAGACGGCCCUGAAGAUCCAGCGCCUUGCGGAGACCCAGAGACAGAUGGCUCAGGCCCAGGCUCAGGCUCAGAUACGUGGCCUUGGACAAGGGGGCAUGAUACCAUCACACCCUCACCACCAAAACACCCAAAACCAGAUGGGCAUGCCCCAUUUAGGGGCCCAGGGCAUGCCUCCCCAGGCUCAGGCAGUUGUUGGCAGGACUAUGUUAGACCCACAGCAGCAGGGAAUGCUAGCAGGGAUGCAGCAAGGUGGUCCUCAGUCCCAAUUGCCACCUCAAGUUCAGCAGCAGCUCCAGCAAGUCCAGCAGGGAGCAGGUGGACAACUUCAGCCAGGAAACCAGCAGUGGGGGGCCGGAGGACCAGCCAUGAACCCACAACAGAGGCCUGGCAUGAUGGGUCACAUGGCACAGCAACAGCAGCCGGCUGUUGGUCAGCAGCAGCAGCAGCAGCAGCAGCAGCCCAUGACUCCGCAACAACUACAACAAGGAGCCCGCGGCCUGAUGCAGGUGAUGAGUGCAGCAGGAGGAGCAGCAGGGACGCCUGCAUCACUUGCAAGUGCGGCUGCAUCAGGAAACCUUCCACAGGCAGCACUACAAGACCUCCUGAGAACCCUGCGCUCCCCGAGCUCACCUCUCCAGCAGCAGCAAGUCCUCAACAUCCUGCGCUCAAACCCCACUCUGAUGGCUGCUUUCAUCAGGCAGAGAGCAGCCAGGUAUCAAGGGUCUCAGGGGGGACCAGGAGGGCCAGGAGGGCCUCCACAAGGGGGACCUGGAGGUGUGAGGUUCCCCGGAGCUGCUGGAGGGCUGCCUGGGGCUAACAUGGAUGGGCAGCAGCAGGUUAGUGUGAACCAGCAAGGCCAGCCAGGAAUGAACAUGGCUCAGGGUGGAGCUGGUGGAGGGAACAUGCCCACCAUGGCUCAGCUUCAGCAGUUGCAACAACAACAACAGCAGCAGCAGCAGCAGCAACAACAACAACAACAACAACAGCGCCCAAUGUUGCCUGGAAACCUACAGCAACAGCAAAUGGCUGCAUUACAACAACAACAACAGCAACAACAACAACAACAAGGAGCAAUGCAAGCAGGGCAACAAGGCACCAUGGCCAACAUGACGCCACAGUUCAGAGAGCUUUUGAUGAGACGACACCUACAGCAGCAACAACAUCAACAACAACAACAACAGCAGCAGCAACAACAACAACAACAACAACAGCAGCAGCAGCAGCAGCAACAACAACAGAUGGGUAACCACGGACAGUUCCAACAGCCUCAAGCACUUCAGCAGCAGCAGGGCCAGCAGGGCUUUAUGCAGCCAGGCCAGGGACAACCAGGGAUACCCCCCUCCUCGCAACCACAGCCUGGAGGUGGAGGGGGGGCCCAGCAGCAGCAAGGAGGGCCUCAGGGACAGCAAGGCUACCCCAACUCCAUGUCCCAGGUAGCUGCAGCGAUCCAACAGCGACUGCAGCAUCAGAUGCAGAUGCAGCAACAACAACAACAACAACAACAACAACAGCAGCAGCAGCAGCAGCAGCAGCAGCAGAGUUCAAUGGGUGGACUUCAAGGACAAGACGGAGGGCCUGGUGGAGGCUCUGGAGGAUCAGGAGGACCACCGCUCCAGCCAGGACAAGGCGGCCCAGGGCAGGGGCCACAGCAGCAGGGUGGAGGGGGUGGUGGACCUCCCCUUCCACAGACAACCCAGAGCAUGCUUCACCAGAACAUCCACCAGAGGCUCCUACAGCAGCAGCACCUGGGUGGGGGCUCUCCUGCUCACCACAGCAGUCCCAUGAGUCCCCAGCAGCAGAUGGCGCAGUCCCCCCACCCACAUCUCCAAGGACAAGGAGGACUCGGUCCCACAGGUUCGCUGAGCAGUCAGGUUCGGUCACCUCAGCCCUCACCUCGGCCUCAGUCACAACCUCCGCACUCCAGCCCGUCCCCACGCAUGCAGCCCUCCACCCAACCCCAGCCUCAACCCUCUCCUCACCGCAUCUCCCCACAAACUCAGACUGGCUCACCCCACCCGGCCCACUUAGGGCAACAUCACCCAAGUAUGGCCCCGCCCCAACCUCCACAACCCCAGCAGCAGGCGUUAUCGCAGCAGCCGGGCGGUUCUGUAGACUCUGCUCAGUUUAGCUCGGACCAGAACUCCAUCAUGUCCCAGCUGAGCGGGAUGACGGGGAUGCAGGGGGGGCAGUCGGACAUGAUGGGGGGGAAUAAUAACAGCAACAACAGCAACCAGGAGCUGGGGACGAACAUUAACCACAACAGUUUAGACCUGAUGUAGCCUUGACUCAAGUCUGUCUCUGUACGUUGACGCUCUGAUCGGUCGCCCCGAACAACAAACUGCCAUGAGAGGAGAGCGAGGCGGGACUACGGCUUUGUGGUUUUAGAAGUUUUUAUUUUUUAUUUAAAUAUUUUUGUGAUGUAUAAAUAAGAACUGAAGCUUCCUUCCUAUGGGAGAUGCAACAUAAAUCUUAGAAGUCAAUAAAUGAAUAAAUUAAAACAAUGGUAAGUUAUUGCUGUUAAUAUAUAUCUAUAUAUUUUUGCCAAUUGUGUACAAAAAGGUGGAAGGGCAGUGUUUCAGGUUGAAGAUAUUUCUUCCUUAGUCUAUGACACAAUAUUUUUGGGGACUGAGAAUUUUUGCCUUUUUAUGAAUAUUUUUAAGAUUUUAAAUGUGGCUAAAAAUUAAAGUGAGUUGACACGAUGUACCUUUUUUAUUGUUUUGUUUCCUGCUUCAAAUACUCAGUCAUAAUUGUAUCUAUUUUGCAGAGUAAGUAUAUUUUAUUUCUGAAUUGAUUUUUCCCACCCCUUCAUGGAAUUGUAAAACAAGCGUCAACAUAUCUUCUUUUUUCUGGACAGUUUUUACAACAUUGUACAGCGACUGCAACACUUCACAUGUGUAGACUUUGUAUGAUUUGCUAUGCGGGUGGGAGGGUGUUAAAUGCAGUUAAACUUCA